AUGUUUCCUUGGGGCAGAACAUUCCAACUGUCUCUCCGGCAUAACAUAAGGUUGUUGUGCACCCAAUCACAACGCUCCACUACCUCAUCAUCAUCAUCAUCAUCAUCAUCUUCUUGGAGGAGCUUUUUUGGUGGGUCCGGAUAUGGUGAAGAAAGGGUCAGAGACUUUGAGUCAUUUCUUAGAUCAAUCACUUCUGGGGUUAUGGUUGUUGGGUCCACCUUAGGCUUUUGGUAUUGGUCUUCUUUAUCUUCUCCUGGUUCCAAUUCUCUUCACUCAUUCGCUGAUUAUACAAGCGAAGAUCAGCUCCAACAAAACUAUGAAAACAAAUCUAAGUUCCUCUUUAACGAUGGCUAUAGAAGAAGAGUAUUCUUCAAUUAUGAAAAACGUAUUCGAUUGCAGAGCCCCCCUGAAAAGGUUUUCGAGUACUUUGCAUCUGUUCGAACCCCUAGUGGUGAGGUUUUUAUGACACCUGCAGAUUUGAUGCGUGCCGUUGUUCCUGUCUUUCCUCCUUCUGAAUCAAACCGUGUUAGAGAGGGUUCUCUGAGAGGAGAGCAGGUUCCUGGCGAGUUGCAAUGUGAACCUUCCCAAUCUUUUAUGCUCUUUGACACUAACAAUGAUGGACUCAUUUCUUUCCCAGAGUACAUCUUUUUUGUUACACUCCUCAGCAUACCAGAGUCCAGCUUUUCAGUGGCUUUUAAAAUGUUUGAUCUUGACAAUAACGGGGAAAUAGACAAGGGAGAAUUUAAGAAAGUGAUGGCAUUGAUGCGAUCUCAAAACAGACAAGGGGCUAACCACAGAGAUGGACGACGCCUUGGUGUAAAAGCUUCUAUUGAAAAUGGGGGUCUAUUGGAGUAUUUUUUUGGCGAAGAUGGAAAGACUUGCUUACAACAUGAAAGAUUUGUUCAAUUCUUAAGAGACCUUCAUGAUGAGAUCUUGAGGUUAGAGUUUUCCCAUUAUGACUACAAUAAAAAAGGAAGCAUUUCAGCCAAAGAUUUUGCCCUGUCCUUGGUUGCAUCAGCAGACAUCAAUCACAUAAACAAACUGUUGGAUAGGGUGGACGAAUUAAACAGUGACCCGCAACUGAGAGACAUUAGAAUUACAUUCGAGGAGUUCCAAGCUUUCUCAGAAUUGCGCAAGAAGUUGCAAUCCUUCUCUCUGGCCAUAUUCAGUUAUGGAAAAGUUAAUGGGGUGUUGACAAAAACUGAUUUUCAAAGAGCAGCAUCUCAAGUAUGUGGCAUUUCUAUUACAGAUAAAGUGGUUGACAUAAUUUUUCACGUGUUUGAUGCUAACUGUGAUGGAAACUUAAGUUCAAGCGAGUUUGUGAGAGUUACACAAAGAAGAGAAAACAAUUCGUCACGUGUUGGAUUAGGGGGUUUGAUAUCUUGCUGGUUGAACUGUGUAAACUGUUCAUCAUCUAAGCUUCAAUUUUGAUUGAGUACGUUCAUAAGCAUAUAUCUCCACCUCUCAGAAACUAGAAGGGAGGGUGAGAUAUCCAUCUUAUAUCUACUGUAAUGAAUUCAACCACAUGCAGCAUCACUAGGGAAAAUGGCAGAAGAUUCAUUGCCGUAGCAAGGGAAAUUUGCUAUGACAAUGUCACACCAUAACAUGGUUGCUGUCUACUCUGAAAUGUACAGUGUUCUAUUUGUAGUCUAACAUCUUGUUAUUUUGUGACGUGGUCUUUAUUUGUUGAUAUUUGUACAUAAUGACAU